AUGAAACUCAUCAAACAGGUAAAGGGAAACGGCAAUAACUCUGAGCAGAUAACGCUCUUGCCUCAGGACAAAGAAGAUUUGUUCUGUCUGUAUAACGUUAUUAAUACGGACGACGAACUGAUCUUCAAGAAGCUCGUGACGGACAAGGUCGACAGUUCUGGAAAGAAGAAAAAUACUGAGCUUAUAGGACUGCGGUUGAAGGUGGUAUCCUCUGAAUUUGAACCUCAGCAUGAAUUUCUUAGAUACAAGGGGGUUACCACUGAGGAUGACACGGGCAAAGCCAACCUCGAAGUGCCAACUGGUAAGUUCUUCAGCUUCACAAUAAAUUAUAAAUAUCCUUUUACGUUGAUCAAAGACGACUACAAUUCCUUUGUAGCCAAGCAGCUAAAGGAUGCUUGCACCCCAGAAAGCCGUUCCGACAUUGCCGCUGUCUGCCUGCAAGAAGGGAUCUCCCACAUAUGUCUACUAAGUUCUUUCAGCACUAUUUUGAAGAACAAAAUCGAGUAUAGCCUACCGAAGAAAAAAAGGAGCACCGAUGUUGCUAAAUUCGAUGAAAAGGUCGAAAAGUUUUACAAAGGGACAUACGAAUCCAUGAAAAGACAUUUUGAGUUUGAGAAACUCAAAGUUAUCAUAUUAUGCUCUCCCGGUUUUUAUGCCAAAAAUCUCUUCGACAAAAUUAUGCAAUACGCACAGGAAGAGCAAAAUAAAACUAUUUUGAACGCCAAGUCGAGAUUUUUGGUAGCCCACUGUUCCACAGGCUAUUUGCAAGGGAUAAGUGAAGUCUUAAAAAAUCCAGCAUACGCCUCGAAGCUUCAAGAUGCCAGGAAUUCCAAAGAAGCGCUAAUUAUGGAUGAGUUCCUGCAGCAUCUAAACAAUGAUGAUUUUAAAGCGUGGUAUGGCAAAGCAGAGGUCACGAAGGCAUCUGAAAUGGGCGCAAUCGAUACACUCCUCAUAACAGAUGGGUUACUACGCGCAGAUGAUGUACGGCUUAGGAAGAACAGUGUGGAUCUGACACAAGCAGUAGAAAAAGCCGGUGGAGCUGUUUACGUGUUCAGUUCUUUGCAUAGUUCGGGUGAGGAGCUAGAGAAGCUUACCGGACUUGCUUGUAUUCUAAAAUUUCCAAUACCGGAUCUGGAUGAGGACAUAGAUUCGGACGAAGAUUGA